UCCGCCCUUCCUUGUUUUGCCCUGUCAAUCUUGCUGUAGCGACUAAAAUGUUGUAUCGUAUCUCUGAAGCGAAAAAAUGUUUCCUGUGUAUUUUUGGCGUAAAUGUGGUACUACUUGUGCUCAGAAUUACUUACAAAUGUAUAUGCAGUACCAGUCGGGAUUGUGAGCCACUAUGUAUUUCCGAUGAUUACUCCAAUAAGUACUUAAUAUUCAAACGUAGGCCUUACAAUUGGCAGUAUGUUUAAGCAAAGGUUAUCACUUAUAAGUCCAUUGAAAAAUUCAGGAUCACGUGUUGUACUGCAACUGAGACAAUAUGCUGUUAGAUCAGUUCAUGACUCACCAUUUGAUUAUCUCCCUAAACGGAAUAAGCCAUGGGUGAAUUGGAAGACUACCACUGUAUUCUUCCUAUUUGGGUCAUAUUUCGCAUAUAAUGAGACGCUAUUCAAUGUUUACGAAAGCUUUACUACCAUUGAUGAAAAUGAACAUAAUAAUCUUGAACUUUUACCUUUACAGCUAGAAUACAAAUUGAAGAAUCUCCCCAUAUAUCAACAAUUAGAUCAUCCCCGUAACUCUAGCAAAUGGUAUAAAUUAAUGUCUUGGGAAAAUUUGGAUAGAAAUGUGCUUGAUAAUCAAGUUGAUGGAGACGCUGUUGAAAAAGCCGUUAUCAGUCAAGAGGAAUAUAAAGAGCCAACAUUAACAACUCAUACAUUGGCCACUCCUGGAGGUAUUUUAAUUAAACCAGUUAUUUUCAAUAACGUUGAGACUAAUGAAACUGUAACAAUAGUACAUGCAGGUUUCAGAUUGUGUGGAUAUCCCUUCCUUAUACAUGGGGGUAUAAUUGCUACGUUAUUAAAUGAAACGUUCAAGAGAAACGCGUCACUCUCACUGUUCACUUCAUCAAAUCUUAAGGAUGACUUUAAAGUAGAGAAUUUAACAAUAAACUAUAAGUAUCCAACUUUUGCCAAUCAAUUCUUGAUCGUAAAGACAAAGAAAAAAGAAAAUGUAAACUCUGAUAAUGAGAAAACAGUUACUUUGGAAAGUGUAGUGGAAACUAUUAAGGGAAGAGUAUUAGUAAAAAGUCUGGCCGUUUUACACGAUACUGGAAGAGCAACAAAUAAAAUUAAGGAGCAAUCGAAGUUUAGUAAAUGGUUCUGAUAUUAUAUAUAUAGCCAGUUUAUGAUGUUAAUGUAAGAUCUAGUAAUUUUUAUUGUAUAAUGUAAAGCUCAUUGUUAUUAUGGCCAUGUUCUAGAAUCGAAACCAAGUCGUAAACAACUCAAAACAAAUCAGAAAUGAUCACAAAUUUUUGUAUGUUAAGCUUUUGUACUAACACCUGGAAAUUUUUCUUAUUUAUAAAUUAUUUGACAUAGUUAAACUAAUGAUUAUACAAAUUCUGAC